UCUCAUAGUCUCCGGACUCGACCAGCUGAAAUUGCAUUGUAAUACACUGAGCUUCUGAGACGGAGCUGUGUAGAUCAUUUUGUUGUUUACGUUGAAUCUCCAGAGACUAUCGGAUCUAUAUCUAUACAUGUUGUAUUAAAUACGUUUCGGAAUUGUGUCAUUUGGAGAAUCAUGGACCGUGAGUGGAGAAGCGAUUGGGUUUUAAAUCUCGUCAGCGACUAUUCUUCUCUCAGUCUCACCUCUUGUCCGAGAGCGUUUGACUGAGCCGAUCAAGAUAUAGGCUGGAGCGGCUUUAUUCGUUUCUGCAUCAAGUCAAGGUCUUUUCACUCGUUCGGUGAAUAGUUAACUAAAGCGAAAUUAUUUGUAUUAAAUAACCGAGGAUUUGUAUUCAAACAGCCGAGGUUUCUUUCAACUCUUACGUCCAGGAGCUGUCCAGCUUGACGGUCAGACUGACCAGUACUCAGUUGUCCAGAAAAAUGGAGGCUGUUAUUGAGAAAGAAUGCAGUGCACUGGGGGGACUUUUCCAAAGUGUGAUAGGCGACAUGAAAAACAGCUACCCCAUCUGGGAAGACUUUAUCAGCAAGGCUGGGAAACUACAAUCUCAACUCAGAGCGACCGUGGUUGCAGCUGCAGCGUUCCUGGAUGCCUUUCAGAAAGUGGCUGACCUGGCCACCAACACACGAGGAGGCACCAGGGACAUUGGUUCAGCUCUAACCAGGAUGUGUAUGAGACACAGAAGCAUCGAGGCCAAGCUCAGAGACUUUUCAAUGGCUUUCAUGGACUGCAUGAUCAACCCUCUACAGGAUCAGAUGGAGGAGUGGAAGAGAGGAACUAACACACUGGAUAAGGACCAUGCUAAAGAGUACAAGAAAGUUCGGAGUGAGAUCAAGAAGAAGUCUUUAGACACUCUGAAGCUACAGAAGAAGGCAAAGAAAGCUGAUGCCCUGGGUCGAGGAGACGUCCAGCCUCAGCUGAACAGUGCCAUGCAGGAUGUCAGUGAUAAAUACCUGCUGCUGGAGGAGACAGAGACACAGGCCGUCAGGAAGGCCCUCGUCGAGGAGAGGAGCAGGUUAUGCACCUUCGUCUCCAUGCUACGACCUGUCGUGGAUGAGGAGAUCUCCAUGCUAGGAGAGGUCACCCACCUCCAGACCAUAUCUGACGACCUCAAGAUGCUGACCAUGGACCCUCACAAGCUGCCCCCCGCCAGCGAACAGGUGAUUCUGGAUCUGAAGGGCUCUGACUAUAACUGGUCCUAUCAGACUCCUCCCUCCUCCCCCAGCACCACUAGAUCCAGGAAGUCCAGUAUGUGCAGCAGUCUGAACAGCGUAAACAGUAGUGACUCUCGCUCCAGCGGCACAUCCCACUCUCACUCCCCCUCCUCCUCCUCCUCCUCCUCCCACUACGGCUACCGUAGCUCCACCCUGCCCCAGCAGGCCGCGGCACGACUGUCCUCCAUGUCCUCCCACGACUCAGGAUUCAUCUCCCAGCCAGACACCUACACCUCCAAGUCACCAUCACCCAUGUCCCAGGAGACACUACCGCAGCCUUGCUCCAGCUCUGGCUCGUCUGAGGCCUCUGAGACCUGCCAGUCAGUCAGUGAGUGCAGCUCUCCCACCUCUGGAGGGCCUCUGGCUGCAGUUGACAAGUUGUUUAACGGGUAUGACCACUACGGGGAUCACCAUCAUUCAGACUCUUCAUACCUGACGGGAGGGGGCUCAGGCCAGGGGGGGUCCUACCUGACGGGAGGGGGCUCAGGCCUGGUGGGGUCCUACCCCCUCUUCCCUCCCUCCUCCCAUUCCUCCUCCAUCACCUCCUCCUCCUGUCCGUCCCAGUCGUGGUCCAGGCCGGGCUCGGCCCUGCUACCUGACUACCCUCAUUACUGCACCCUGGGGCCUAACAUGGUCCCCACCUCUAAAGUCCCCAGUUGGAAGGACUGGGCUAAGCCAGGACCCUAUGACCAGCCCAUGGUGAACACCCUUAGAAGGAGGAAGGACAAGGAUCCUGUACCAGCAGACACCAGCUAUGUCCCACUACCACUACCUGCUGGAGUCAUCCCAGCACCAGGGGGCAGGAGUCUACCACCUCCUGCUGGAGUCAUCCCAGCCCCAGGGGGCAGGAGCCUACCACUACCUGCUGGAGUCAUCCCAGCACCAGGGGGCAGGAGUCUACUACUACCUGCUGGAGUCAUCCCAGCACCAGGGGGCAGGAGUCUACCAUUACCUUCACCACCCAAGGUGUGUGAGAUGGAGGCCCAUGAGGAGCUGGCCCUGGCCCUGUCCAGAGGUCUACAGCUGGACUCACAGACACAGCGUUCCAGUAGGGACUCUCUACACUGUUCUAGUGGCUACAGUACCCAGAGUACCACCCCAUGCUGUUCAGAGGACACCAUACCCUCACAAGUGUCAGACUACGACUAUUUCUCCAUGGGAGGGGACCAGGAGUUUGACCAGCAGGAGUUUGACAAAUCAUCCACCAUCCCCCGUAACAGUGACAUCAGCCAGUCCUACCGUAGGAUGUUCCAGUCCAAGAGACCAGCGUCCACCGCCGGCCUACCUUCUACAGCCGGCUCCGUCAUCAUGACCCCUGGGGUCGCCACCAUCCGCCGCACGCCCUCCACCAAGCCCUCGGCCCGCCGUGGGACCACCGGCCCCAUCCCCAUCCGAACCCCCGUCAUCCCAGUCAAGAUCCCCACCGUGCCUGGCCUAGUUGGGGGAGGAUUCCCUGGGGGCCUGGGGGUUCCUGGAGGACCAGGAGUAGGGGCGGAGGAACCAGAGGAGGCCCAGAGCCCUGAGUCUCCAGCCCAGGGAGAGGAGGGGGAGCUGGGUGUACUUCCCCUGGCGUUCUGGAGUGGUCAAGCAACCACCAACCCUCCCCUGGCCCCUCACCAGCCUGGGGUCCAGUGUCAGGGCGAGGGGGGGUCCCUGGAGGAUGGGGAGGUUAUGGAUGGUCAGGGGGGAAACAUGCUGCUGGUUAUCCAGAGAGGGGUCAAGCUGAAGAGGACCAAUACCAACGAUCGCUCAGCACCGCGCAUCGUAUAAGAGGAGAGCCACCGUGGCACCAUGCAGAAUCAGAGGAGGGUAUCCUGCCUAGCUGUACCUAGCUAGCCUACCGCCUGCCCAUUGACAGGACAAACAGGACAGAAGUCAUGUCCAUUCCAAGUGAUGCUGUGUGUGGUGACAGACAGAGCUCUACACGUCGUCUCAGACGGUGCAGAAGCUGCUCUCUUGUUGGACAGACAGUGGAGCAGCACAGACUUGUGUUAAUUAUGUUCUCUUUUAGUUCUGAAUAUGGAAAUAAUUAUGCAUGGUAUUUUUAUCUUUGUUGCUUCCUGGGGCCCUGUUCUGUUGACUCUAGUCCUCCCACCCCCAUUCCUCCCCUCCUCAGUUCUGUUGACUCUAGUCCUCCCACCCCCGUUCCUCCCCUCCUCAGUUCUGUUG